GUGCUUACCAUACCAACUAGAGAAAGGGAAAGGAGCGUUGAAACGUCUCACCAUCUCGUGCGACGACUCCACCUGUCCAGGCAUUGUGCCGGCUCCACCUACCCCUUUACUCACCUACUCUCUCUCUCUCUCUCUCUCUCUCUCUCUCUCACACACACACACACACACAGAAGAUCUUUAAAUUUUACUAUGAUUUGUCGGGAUUGGAUCCACCAAGCUGCUCUAAUCCGAUUCCAUCCAAAGUCCGAAUGGCCUUUGCCAGCAGUUCAUCGAGGCCUGCUCGUCUCGCUGUCCAACUAAGUUUUGCCGGAGCUUCUUUCGAUUCACAGAGCUCUAGAUCAUCCAUCUCUUUCCCCUCCCAUAUUCAUCAUUUCUCCCUCAAAUCUGCGGAGGUUAGAACACAAGUACAGUCAUCUAGAAUAAGUUCAGUAAGAGCAGAGAGCAGCUUUGAACAAAUGGAGCUUGAUAUUUCAUUGAAUCCUAGAGUGAAUUCAGUGAAGCCUUCAAAGACGGUGGCUAUAACUGAUCAAGCAACUGCUCUUGUACAGGCUGGAGUGCCUGUUAUUCGCCUGGCAGCUGGAGAACCUGAUUUUGACACACCAGCUGUUAUAGCUGAGGCUGGGAUAAAUGCAAUUCGUGAAGGGUACACAAGGUAUACCCCAAAUGCAGGUACUAAGGAACUCCGCUCUGCAAUUUGCCAUAAGCUGAAAGAAGAAAAUGGGUUAUCAUAUACACCUGAUCAGAUUUUGGUCAGUAAUGGGGCCAAGCAAAGUAUCUUCCAGGCAGUGCUUGCUGUUUGUUCCCCAGGAGAUGAGGUGCUAAUUCCCGCUCCGUACUGGGUGAGCUAUCCAGAAAUGGCAAGGCUUGCUGAUGCAACACCUGUGAUUCUUCCGGCACCCAUCUCUAAAAAUUUUCUCUUGGAUCCAAAGCUUCUAGAGUCCAAACUUAGUGAAAAAUCAAGACUUUUGAUUUUAUGUUCACCAUCCAACCCAACAGGAUCGGUUUACCCCAGGAAAUUGCUUGAAGAUAUAGCUCAGAUUGUAGCAAGGCAUCCCAGGCUUCUGGUGCUAUCUGAUGAGAUAUAUGAACACAUAAUUUAUGCUCCUGCAACUCAUGUAAGCUUUGCCUCUUUGCCAGGCAUGUGGGAGAGGACUUUGACAGUCAAUGGGUUUUCUAAGGCCUUUGCAAUGACAGGCUGGCGACUUGGAUAUCUUGCUGGCCCUAAGCACUUUGUUGCAGCCUGUAACAAGAUCCAGAGCCAGUUCACAUCAGGUGCAAGUAGCAUAUCUCAGAAAGCAGCAGUUGCUGCUCUAGGACUGGGCUAUGCUGGUGGGGAAGCAAUUUCUAUCAUGGUGAAAGCAUUCCGAGAGCGGCGGGAUUUCUUGAUUAAAAGCUUUAGAGAAAUAGAGGGUGUCAAAAUAUCAGAGCCCCAGGGGGCUUUCUAUCUCUUCCUCGACUUCAGCUCUUACUAUGGUUCAGUGGCUGAAGGUUUUGGUGCCAUUAACAGUUCAGAGUCCCUCUGCCGAUACUUACUGGACGUGGCUCAGGUAGCAUUGGUUCCAGGGGAUGCAUUUGGGGACGACAGCUGCAUCCGCAUCUCUUAUGCAUCAUCCCUCUCCACUCUACAGGCAGCCGUGGAGAGAAUCAAGAAGGCACUUAUUACCCUCAAGGCCCCUGUCCCUGUUUAAUUUAUUGGUAGACCAAAUCUAAAUGCAAUACGACUGUUGUACCUUUUCUUUUUUCUUUAUUAUUUAUUUUUUUUUUGGGAAUCUCCAAAUGGGUAUUUUAUAUUAAUUAUAAGUUGGUAAGUAUCAGGGGUUUCUCAUGUUGUUUCCACUCUGUCGGCGUUGCUUGUACCCAUUAUAAUUACUAGCGAGUCAGUGGGCCGGCAGCUUUAAACCUUCAAGCAUAAAAGGAAAAUGAAAUUAGACAUGGGAUUCACAGUGGGAUAAAAUGUGAGUUUAAUGCAA